CCGGGGGACUCUAAUGAGGGUUUUCGCUUGCAGCUUUUCCUCUCAGGGAGGGGAAGCUGGUGCCGCGGGGCUGCAUGGCCCUGGCGCUGCGGCCGCAGCACGCCGCCGUGGGCGUCGUGGGCGCCGUGCUGCUGCGCCACGCAAACCUGCUGUACCAGGCCUUCGUGCACCAGGCUGGCUGGGGCGCCGCCAGCGGCGUGGAGGCGGCGGUGAGCGCCGCCCGCAAGGCCGCGGAGGCGGCCACCAUCGCCGCGGCCGCGGCUGCCGGGGCGGGCGCGGCCCGCGAGGAGCAGUGCCCGCAGCCGCCCGAGUGGCUGAGCCUGCCGGUGCCUCAGCCCUGCCCCGAGCCGCCGGCCUGCGAGUGCCGGUGCGAGGGCGUUGGGGAGAGGGCGGCCGACGAGCACGAGCUGUCGCAGUUGCCCGCGUGGCAGGUGCUGGGGUCGGCCCUGGGCCACAUCCUGGUGGUGAGCGUUGGGAGGUGCUGUGCCCGUCGUCGCCAAGAUGGCGAGCAGGCGCGUCCGACCACCGCUGAGGAUAGCGGCAAGCGCGGAGGAGCCGAGCCUGCGCGUGCCGCAGCGGAGAGGGACGGCAGCCCUCCGACUGGCCAGCGGCCGCGCCGUCGGGGAGGAGGCGUUCUGGAGUGAGCUCCUCCCUGGCGGCUAUGUGGCCGUCUUCUACAGCGAUGGCAACGUGUGGCAUGAGAGAUUGCUGUUAGGCCAAGUGGAUGCUCAGCACUGGGUGAUAGAGACGCCCGACCACGACUGAGGUCCUUGUCAACCAAUGUUUGUCAAGACUUUGCGCGUUGACUCGUCGUCCUUCCGACCAUGCC